AUGCCUCCACCAUCCCGUCUGGAUGCUGUCUGCGAUACCGCGACGACUGCUACCACCAACUUGGAAGAUCUGCAGGAGCUGUGUAGGCGAGUGCAGCUGCUUAGAAAGGGUGUGAAUGGCAUCUUCAAUAGGAAAAUUCCCGCUUUGGAGUCCUCAAUAGAGCAGUUCCAUGAGACUCAUUUGCAUCACCUUUUGGCAACAAAGGAUGAUUUUACGAAGGAUUCACCGGUACACUCUAUCGGUUUGCUUCUCAGCUCGAUCGACGCAUUGUUUUUGAGAGCAGAGAAUUCUUCUCAAAAGAGGUGGACAGCUGCGCGCCGGAGUUCUGCUGCGGAGUCCUCGUCGACUACAACCUUUGCUGUUGGAUAUUCGCCUGAAACUAUGGUCCCCGACUCCGAUCUGGUCCACUAUGCAGAGCCCAAUAAAGCAGAAAUCAGACCUUGUGAUAGCGUUCCUAAUUUCCAACCACCUGAGAGACGAACUGUGACGCGCUCGGCCGGUGCUGGUGCCGCCGAGAAGCCUGCCGCUGCGCCGGAGAGCAAGCCCGCCGCCGGAGGGUUUGGGCAGGCCCCGUCGACAGCCUUCGCUAAGGCCCCUCCAGCCUCAAGCGCCUUCGGCCAGACACCACUGGCCGGAGCUGCGGCAGAGAGCAAGCCUGCCACUGGUGGAUUCGCCUUUGGCGCCGGUGCUGGUGCCGCCGAGAAGCCUGCCGCUGCGCCGGAGAGCAAGCCCGCCGCCGGAGGGUUUGGGCAGGCCCCGUCAACUGCCUUCGCUAAGGCCCCUCCAGCCUCAAGCGCCUUCGGCCAGACACCACUGGCCGGAGCUGCGGCAGAGAGCAAGCCUGCCACUGGUGGAUUCGCCUUUGGCGCCGGUGCUGGUGCCGCCGAGAAGCCUGCCGCUGCGCCGGAGAGCAAGCCCGCCGCCGGAGGGUUUGGGCAGGCCCCGUCGACUGCCUUCGCUAAGGCCCCUCCAGCCUCAAGCGCCUUCGGCCAGACACCACUGGCCGGAGCUGCGGCAGAGAGCAAGCCUGCCACUGGUGGAUUCGCCUUUGGCGCCGGUGCUGGUGCCGCCGAGAAGCCUGCCGCUGCGCCGGAGAGCAAGCCCGCCGCCGGAGGGUUUGGGCAGGCCCCGUCAACUGCCUUCGCUAAGGCCCCUCCAGCCUCAAGCGCCUUCGGCCAGACACCACUGGCCGGAGCUGCGCCGCCCGCCGCCGGAGGGUUUGGGCAGGCCCCGUCGACUGCCUUCGCUAAGGCCCCUCCAGCCUCAAGUGCCUUCGGCCAGACACCACUGGCCGGAGCUGCGGCAGAGAGCAAGCCUGCCACUGGUGGAUUCGCCUUUGGCGCCGGUGCUGGUGCCGCCGAGAAGCCUGCCGCUGCGCCGGAGAGCAAGCCCGCCGCCGGAGGGUUUGGGCAGGCCCCGUCAACUGCCUUCGCUAAGGCCCCUCCAGCCUCAAGCGCCUUCGGCCAGACACCACUGGCCGGAGCUGCGGCAGAGAGCAAGCCUGCCACUGGUGGAUUCGCCUUUGGCGCCGGUGCUGGUGCCGCCGAGAAGCCUGCCGCUGCGCCGGAGAGCAAGCCCGCCGCCGGAGGGUUUGGGCAGGCCCCGUCGACAGCCUUCGCUAAGGCCCCUCCAGCCUCAAGCGCCUUCGGCCAGACACCACUGGCCGGAGCUGCGGCAGAGAGCAAGCCUGCCACUGGUGGAUUCGCCUUUGGCGCCGGUGCUGGUGCCGCCGAGAAGCCUGCCGCUGCGCCGGAGAGCAAGCCCGCCGCCGGAGGGUUUGGGCAGGCCCCGUCAACUGCCUUCGCUAAGGCCCCUCCAGCCUCAAGCGCCUUCGGCCAGACACCACUGGCCGGAGCUGCGGCAGAGAGCAAGCCUGCCACUGGUGGAUUCGCCUUUGGCGCCGGUGCUGGUGCCGCCGAGAAGCCUGCCGCUGCGCCGGAGAGCAAGCCCGCCGCCGGAGGGUUUGGGCAGGCCCCGUCGACAGCCUUCGCUAAGGCCCCUCCAGCCUCAAGCGCCUUCGGCCAGACACCACUGGCCGGAGCUGCGGCAGAGAGCAAGCCUGCCACUGGUGGAUUCGCCUUUGGCGCCGGUGCUGGUGCCGCCGAGAAGCCUGCCGCUGCGCCGGAGAGCAAGCCCGCCGCCGGAGGGUUUGGGCAGGCCCCGUCAACUGCCUUCGCUAAGGCCCCUCCAGCCUCAAGCGCCUUCGGCCAGACACCACUGGCCGGAGCUGCGCCGCCCGCCGCCGGAGGGUUUGGGCAGGCCCCGUCGACUGCCUUCGCUAAGGCCCCUCCAGCCUCAAGUGCCUUCGGCCAGACACCACUGGCCGGAGCUGCGCCGCCCGCCGCCGGAGGGUUUGGGCAAGCCCCGUCGAGCUCCUUUGGGAAGGCAGUGUGUGGGGUGGGAGCAGGCAGCGCGUUCGGCAUCGGCGGCGGGUUCGGAUCUGCUGCCACCAGCGCGAGCUUUGUCUCUGCGUCGACAGCAGGGUUCGGGCCCGCAAGCGCAUUUACGAGUGCGUUUGGUGGCGCUCCUCAAGGCGGUGGCUUUGCGAGCGUGCCAAAGAGCGCCUUUUGUGGCGGAGGCAACACAAACAGUGCGUUUGGCGCAUCGUCCUUCAGUUCACUGGCUGCAAACUUCCAGUAA